GCCAGCAUCUCCUCGGAAUCAUACGUAUCGAAUCACCGUCGAUGGUGGCCAGGCCUGUUGAUGGCAUGUUGUCAUUUUUCUGCCAUUUGGUAACCUGCUUUCGUUGUAGACGUGGAUGUUGGUUAUAAUGCAAUUACGAACUGAAUUGUUGAUAAAUCUUUAUUAAAAUAUGUAAUGAAUUUAAUAAACACUAAAAAAUGUGGAAGCUCUUUGGAAUUUCGUAUUUUUACGUUUUCUAUAUUGCAUUAUGUGUCACGAUCAAUUUGAGCUCAGGGCACGAUGUGAAGGGUUUUGAUGAUACAGUACUCUUUAAAAUAAAUUGGCCUGGUAAAAGCACUGCCGACUUGUUGGAAUCGCAAACAAACGCCGAACCGUAUUUUAUAACAACAGCUAAUAACGAACGUUAUCAAUGUUUAAUUCCGGACCUAACGGAACAAGAUCGUGAUUAUGGGGAAACAUACGUAGGACCAAAUCCAAUUGAAAUCUUGUCCCAUUUGUUUACACAAAAUACAUGUUCCUAUAGGUUAGGACCAUAUUGGACAUAUGAGUUGUGUCAUGGUCGCUUUGUUCGCCAAUAUCAUGAAGAGAGAGAGGGUAAAAAGGUUAAGGUCCAAGAAUAUUACCUUGGAACCUUCGAUAAAGCACAGAUAAUUAAGUUAUCUGCAGAGUAUGAUAAGCAAGCAAAAAACCCAAAUAGAAAGUCUGAGAUACCUCUCAAAAAGGUUGAUGGAAUCAAUAUGCCAUAUGUGGAAAUUGAAAUGACAGACGGAACAGUCUGUGAUUUGAAUGAGAAGCCAAGAACCAUCAGGGUCCUGUAUGUAUGUUACCAGCAUGGUAAACACGAUGUUUUCUCACUGGAGGAGACGUCAAGCUGUGAAUAUGAGGCUGUUGUUCUGUCGCCACUGCUCUGCAGUCACCCAGAUUAUAGACCGCAAGAUACUGGGGAGAAUGAAAUAAAUUGCAGGCCUGUUGGAAACGCACCGAAAAAACCACGAUCCCUAAUUGCCAUGGAAAGCGAGAGUUUAAAGCUUCGUCAUCAAAAAGUGACGGAUGAGAAGCUGCAGAAAGUCUAUGCGAUCUUCCAUGUAGAUAAGGAGGGCCAGGAUGGAGAGACACGCGUCAGAGUAGAGAUACAUCCGGUCGAUGUAAUAGAGAGGAACGGUAACGUCGAGAUAGACACAGAGACGUCAACUUCGCCCGUGGAAGAGUACGGCAGCAGCCGCGACACGAGUCCACACGAUAUCGGCCCUGUUCAGAGUUUCCUAAGUGGCAAGAACUGCUUGAAUGGUGGUAACGGUUGGUGGAAAUACGAGUUCUGCUACGGUCGAUCCGUAGUUCAGUAUCACGUGGAGAGGGAUGGGACAAAGAUCAUCGUGAAUCUUGGAAAAUUUGAUAAGAACAAACAUUUGAAGUGGAUAGAGGCUCAUCCGCACAAGAAGCCAAAGCCUCUCGCUCAGAGAAAGCAGCUUUCGCACUUUUACAGCGAUGGCAGUGUUUGUGACAAAACAGGAAAACUCAGGCAAACCGAGGUGAAAUUAAAGUGUGUCGACAAUAACGGAGGACCAUCCAGCGUAUCCUUGUUUCUACUCGAGCCAAAGACUUGUGAAUAUAUAUUGGGCGUCGAGUCCCCGUUGAUCUGCGAUAUCCUCGGGUAUGCAGAUGACAAUGGUCUGUUGAGUGAAAAAAUUCCGCUAAAUUUCGAUGAGCUGAAAACGAAUUUCCAACAAGAGCGGGACGACAUGGACGAACGAAUUGCCAAUGAAGACGAGUGAUAUUUUAAAUUAUAAAGAGACUAAUGCGAAGACGAACUUUCUUAAAGUGUCUAUAUCGUUCACCAUUCUGAUAAACGUAUUAUCAAAAAUUUAGACACUUCUUGUAUAGUUUAUAUUAUAGGGCUGUAUGCGUAUCUGCAAACUCAUAAUUACCUUUAUCUAUCUGUCGAGUAAAAUUGUUAAAUUUUAA